UAAUACACCUCCGAGUUUUCCUCUCCUUCGUAAUUACAUCCAUCUAAUUUCUUUUCCAAACUAAUUAUUAAUUUCCUUCCCUUUUCCCUCUCUUGUUUUCUUUCCCAUAAUGGCCUCAGCCGAGCCGGAGUCUGCUAAGGAGGCGCCGCCUUCUACCGCUGCUCGUGGUGGAGUGAACUUGUUUCUAGUCGGAGUCGUGCUGAGAUUUGUAGUUUUCGCGGCGGCAGUGUCGAGUAUGGUGGUCAUGGUCACCAGUAAACAAACCGUCGUCAAUAAACUCCGGGGUGUCCCGCCGGGCAUCCCUGUCCAAGCCAAGUUCGACCAUUCCCCUGCUUUCAGUUAUUUCGUAGCCGCGUUAUCGUUGACGGCGUCUUACAGUCUGACUACCGGCCUCGCCUCUGUUUUGGUCAUCGCUAAACCGAAUUGCUCUACCAAGUGCUUGCUUCAUUACGCCAUUUUUGAUACGUUGAUAUUGGGGGUAGUAGCCUCAGCCACAGGAGCUGCAGGUGGAGUCGCAUACAUAGGCUUAAAAGGGAACAAACAUGUUCAAUGGGACAAAGUGUGCUACGCCUUCGAUAAAUUCUGCCGCCAUGUAGGCGGCGCUUUAGCUACCUCCCUUUUCGCCUCCGUUGUUAUGGUGUUCCUCAUUUGGAUAUCUAUUAUCUCUCUCCAUGCGCGGAUUCGCAAGUAGCAUGCAGCCUUGCAGCCUUCACGCCCUCCUCCUCUUUUUAGGCCCUUUGUUACCGCUCGUGUGUUGCUGCUUUAGGAUUUUACUUGUAAAUGUUUCGUGUUUGUUUUCUGGUUUCACCAAUUUCUAAAUAGGUUUGUUCCCUAAAGAAAGCUAAAUUUUAAGUUUUGAAUUUUAAAGUAAUUUGUUGUUCUUGUAGGGGAUGUAUUUGAAGUAGGAAUUUUAUGUAGUUUGUUUGUAUAUGGUGUUGUUGGGUAAUUAUCGUUAAUUAAAUUCAGUCGAUAUGUGAUUUGAA